GAAGAUCUCAUGAGUUUUAUGAGUUGCUCUACAGCUUUGGCCGCUGGUCGUAUCCUGCCAGUGAUACCCAUCUACAUGAUCACGUCCUACAAGUCAUUACGUUCCCAUCCGACGAGCACGCCUCCGGCAGCCGGGCAUCGCCAACGAUACCAAGCUGAGGCAGUUUAUACGGGUAGCUCGGAAUCAAAACUGAAGCGACUUCACAGCUUGCUCCCGAGCAGCGCUGACGUGGAUGAAUGGGGC